GUCUUGAUGCCGUGUGGUUUCCGUUCUACAGACGAUCUGGUAAGAGGUUUUCCUAUACAAUAUCGGCACGACUAAAGGCCGUGGUGCUGGUUUAUAGUAUGCCAAAGGAUAUUCGUACACAUUUACCUUGCAUAGCCGAUAAAGAAUGCGUUUGCACACAGGCUCUCAGGCAUUAGUAGCUCUCCUACUAUUGGUGCACUAUGUUGAAAAGGUCGCUGCUCUCAACUGGACUCAGUGUUUAUUCGACAUCAAGAUGAAUGCAAACGCUACCCAGAGUUUAGUUGGUCUCCUCAAUGGCAACGGAGACCCCGUGUCAAAUAUUGACGAUGCCACAGCGAUAAGCUACUCAAUGUGUACCUCCUUCUGUGGGACCAGACAGGAUUUCUAUAUGUCUGUAUUUUCGCAAGAUUUCAGUUCGUGGCUACUGCCAUAUCUUGCACUUAUUUCGCAGCUCCCCUUUGGGGCACAGUACAGGCUUGAUAAUCUCAUGUCUGCUGUGUUGACCAUCGGGUCACCCGUACUUUCUGGUUAUUCUCUAUUCAUCACCCUACUCAAUUCUCGCUGGAUCAACCGCCGAUUUAGUCAAGCGGUGGACUAUCCCAAUUCACAUCUCGCACUCUCUAUUGUCAGCAAUCUUCAGCAAGUCCCGCUAAGACUGCAUUCCGAUCGCACACGCUUCCCAUCUCUCGUCGUCCUUCCGGAAAACGACACCUGGUGGAAACACUUCUCUGAAUUGGUGAACUAUACUCAUAUGUGGUCAAUUGCGUCCGCGAUCUCCAUCGCCUGGGUCGUCGUCGCAUAUAUCCUGUCUAUAGCCAACUCACAAUCAGAUGUUUAUACAAAUUUCGCUCAAGCCGGUGGCGAAGCCACUAGCUCCAUGUGGCUGUGGUUGAUUCCGAUAGUUGUUGGAUGGCUUCAGCUCUCACCGAAAUGCGAUUUCAAUCGCUUACAAUUAGCUUAUGAUCUUGCCGACCGCCAUGGCAUGCGCACACAAAUGGAAGAUGCUCCUACUGGAACACCACCUGCGUCCGCCCAAGGAGCUUUAAUAAUAACUGCUCAGGAGGAGGAUGUGAUGUCUCCAGACGAACUCCUCACCCCUCCGGUGUUUAAUUACUCGCGCUCAUUGCAAUGGGCAUAUACAGCAGAGACUAUCUUCCUGGUGUACAAAGCGGCAUCAGAGAAGGCUAAAAGCCGUACUCCCGUCAAUUUUGGGAGUGAGUGGGUGGAGUCCGACGAUUUUAAAUCUAUCCACCCCAGCAAUCGACGUGGGUCCCUUCAGGAAAUCACCGCGUACUGCGCGCAGCCCGUCCGUACAUGCCGCAGCCACUGGGCGCCUGGCGUGUUCACAAGAAUGGCUCUCGCGUCAUGCGCUUCGCUUGCAUUACAAUGGGGAACAGCCGGAGGAGCGUUUAUUGUAGAGUGGUUCACUCCUACGACAGGCAUGGGGUGCCGAUCUUUUAGUUACCUCAUUUAUGGAGCCGUAUCGACUAUCAUAUGGAUGAUGCUCCUGAUAUCCAGUAUUCUCACCCAUUAUUCAGCAGCUUAUUCCCGUCAAGGCUCAUCAUUGUCUGCACGUAUUGCACUGGCGUUCUCGCACUGCCUGCGAAGGAUGGGUAAACUGUUGGCCAUUGCAAAUACCAUCUGGGUGAUCUUGACGUGUAUUAUUCAAUAUUCCGGCUUCUACGAUACAUGCUUCUGCAAUUCCAGUAUGAUUAGUAGGGGAAGGGCUGCUGCAUACGUUACGAUCAUCGAAACCACAGCCCAAGCUGCACUGGCCAAGGCUGCAUGGAUCGGCGCCCUCGUCCUAGCGUGUGACCGGAAUGCUGGUAUCAACGUCCGCACAGGCCUAAUCUCGAAUAUUCUUGAGGAGGAUGUUGUUCAACCUCUUCUCGUCUCCACGAGCGCGAUUGAACUCUCGACGGAGACUGUGUGCUUACUUUUGAAGAUCGAUGACUAUGUACAAGCAAGAUAA